AUGUUUUCGUGGAUGGAGAUGAAGCCAGUUGUCGUGUUGAAGAAUGACUACAAAGAGGGCGAGACGAUAUUCAGUGACGAAGUUCUCCUCCCUAUUGGGCUAUAUGAUAAAUACGUGAAGGAAGAACAAAAGACUAAAAAUCCGAUAUACGUCUUUUUGUAUUCAGUUGGGUCUGAGAAAUGUGAUUUUAUCGGAAGAGUAGUUGGAAGGUCGUCAGAUGUUAUGCUUCACUUCAGAUCGACUGUAUUUUCUACUGAAGGGACUGCAGUGCUUCAAUUUAAAGUGUUGGACGUGGUCAAGUCUAUCUCGAUAAAACCGCUCAGUUGCUUUUUCUACACCAUCGAUAAUUAUCGAGCAGUUUUGAAUGGCCUAUUUCAACGAACGAAAUGUCUCUUUGGUGGGCAAAGGUUCUUUUUUUACACACCGUCCAAUUGUGGCAUUGAAAUUGUAAAUAUAGAAAUCAGUGAAGUGAAUGGAAAGGCCGACGGUUGUGCUGUGAUGGAUGGCCAAAUCUUCGAUAUCGUUUUCGACCACAUAUUCACUCGAGAACAAAUCUAUAAGGCUAUUGAAGAUGACAAGAAAGAAGCUAAUACUAAAGAGAAAGGAACUGUCGAGUGCAAAUAUUGUAAACUUGAAAUGAAGAAAAAGGAAUUGAGGGAUCAUAUUUGGGACGCUUGUGAUUACUCUUUAGAACAAUGCGAGUGUUGUGAAUUAUAUUAUCCAAUAGCUUACAAAAAGUUACACCGAAGAUAUUGUUUAAAGUAUUUAGAGAAAGUUGGUAUUAAAGAGAAGGUCGAAGAAAAGGAGGAAGAAAAGGAGAAUACCAAAGUCGAGCAAAAAGUUCAAGAAGAGAAAAUAGAAAAGAUCGGGUCUCCAAAAGAAAAAGAGGGGGAGGAUUAUUCAAGUGCUUUGGCGUUUAUGGAGGAGGCUUUAAAAAGUGAAGAUGAAGAGUCUGAUCAUUAUGAAGAGAAUAAAAUGGAAUCAAAACUGUUACGUCCAACUUCACCUGAAACACUUAAACGUGUCGUAAAUGAAAAAAUUCCCCUUGAAAAAUGGACUAAGUGA